AGAUGUGGACAAGCUAAAUACAUGCAGAUUUUCUGGAAAUUAAGAGCAAAAUCCUUAACUGUCCACCUCAAAAUCUUGAGCCACAUUGAAGUCUUUGGAUGCGUAAUUAAGUAAAAACCUUCCAUUAUAAUUCAAGCUGGCUAAGCUUUCUUUCCCUCCUUCCUUCCUUCUAUAUGCAUCCAUUUCUGCUGAAUCAGAAAAUAUGUAUCUCGAAAUUUUCCUGAUAAUUGUAUCUGUGUGUUUGUGGAGAAUUCACAGAAGCAUCUUGAAUUGGCCUCUGGUCGGAAUGCUUCCGUCGCUCCUCCUCAACGUGGGCCGCAUCCACGAAAUUUGCACACAGGUCCUCCAAAAUUGCAGGCGUGGAACCUUCCAUUUCCGCGGGCCCUGGUUUGCAAAUAUGGACAUUCUGCUCACUGCUCAUCCCGCCAACGUGCACUACAUCAUGACAUCAAACUUCCAGAACUUUCCAAAAGGCCCGAGAUUCAGGGAGAUGUUCGACGUUCUGGGAGACGGGAUCUUCACCGCCGAUUCCGAUUCCUGGAGGGAUCAGAGGAGGGCCGCCAUGGCCCUCAUCGCUGGCCCCACCUUCCUCCGCUUUCUGGCGAGGGUCACUCACCAGAAGGCGGAGGCGGCCCUGCUUCCGCUCCUCGAUGCGGCCGCAGCGGUUGAUAACCGAGUGAUUGAUUUGCAGGACUUGUUCCAGAGGCUCACGUUCGACACUAGUUGUGUAUUGAUCACCGGCUACGACCCCGGAUGCCUGUCUCCGGAUCUCCCUCACGUUCCUUUCGCGGAAGCCAUGGAUGCCGCCGAAGAGUCCAUCUUCAUGCGGCAUGUUCUGCCGGAGAGGGUUUGGAAACUUCAGAGGUGGAUCAGAGUCGGAUCGGAGAGGAAGCUGAUGCGAGCUCGCAAGAUCCUCGACGGCGUAAUCGGGAAUCUCAUCGCCUCGAAAAGGAAUAAUGAAGGUGACGAUUUGCUGUCGUCUUAUAUGAAUAUGAAUCAAGAUUCGAGAUUCUUGAGAGACACUGUGCUGAAUCUAAUGAUUGCGGGGCGAGACACCACGAGCUCUGCGCUGACGUGGCUCAUGUGGCUGGUCUCCACGCAUCCUGAGGUGGAAGAAAGGAUGAGGGACGAGGUGAGGUCGGCGGGGGGCGGCGGGAGGCGGGUUUUCGGCGUUGAUGAGGUGAAGAAGAUGGUGUACAUUCAUGGCGCGGUGUUGGAAGCGUUGAGGUUAUAUCCGCCAGUUCCGUUCCAACACAAGGAGGCCUUGGAAUCGGAUAUUCUUCCGAGCGGGCAUACGGUGGGGCCGGAUGUGAAGGUGAUGUUUUCAUUGUAUGCGAUGGGGAGGAUGGAAUCGAUAUGGGGGGAUGACUGUUUGGAGUUCAGGCCGGAGAGGUGGAUCUCCGGCGCCGGCGCUUCCAUCAGGCACACGCCGGCGUAUAAGUUUCUGGCGUUCAAUGCGGGUCCCAGGAGUUGCUUGGGGAAGGAGGUGGCGCUCGCGCAGAUAAAGGCGGUGGCAGCCACCUUGAUUUAUAAUUACCGGUUUCGGGUGGCGGAGGGCCACCGCGUAGAACCCAACUGUUCUGUGAUACUGUACAUGCGGCAUGGGUUGAAGGUGAAGGUUGCAAGUAGAUUGUCUCGUCGUUGAAGGGUUUUUCGAAUUGUUUAUUCCUGCUUCUUGCUUCAUUAAUUUUUCUAGGAUAUUUCGAGCUCUUGAUGCUUGGGGAAAAAAAUAUUUUCUUUUUCA